GGAGUGAUAGGAUGGGGGUGGCGUUUAUAUAUAUAUACAGGUCAGUGCUUGAUUCUUCUUUGGUUAUGCGGAAGAACCAGAUAUCCUGCUAGAAAACAAUGCAUUUUCAGCUUUGUGACUGAGUAAGAAGAAGGCUACGGAACAGACAAAUCUGUGUGGUAAUUAGAAGAAGUUUGUGGGGUGUGGCUCACUGUUUGAGAGGGCAUGACAGAAAAGAUCUUGUGGUGAGGACAGGAGAGAGUGUAGGGUAGAAACUUUCCUGGUUAGAUUUCUCCAAUAGGCUACCUUAUCCUGAUCCCUCAUGGCGUAUGCAGCAUACUGGUGCAGUCUUCAAAAAGAAGUACCUGCUGCCCAACUUGGAGUCGAUCGUAGUAGCAAGUCUACCAACAACUAUCCUACUGCAGGGUCCUACUAUGGCAAGUCGCAGCCUAGCCAGGCCACACCCAAACCGGCAGCUCAGGUCUCCACCGUGAAACCUGCACAGUUCGAGAAGGCAUCAUCAGGAUCCACCAUGGCUACAAAGCCUGGGGUGAUUACCACAGCAACAGGCGGAGCCACACGGAGUGGCGUCACAGCAGGAGGAAGUGCUUCAGUUGGGACGGCAGGAAAAGCCAAACCAGAGACUAACACUACGCCGGCAGGUGCUACUGUUAUUGACAUGUCGUCCGCUGGGUCUACCUUUGUUGACAUGACAUCAGCUGGGGCGAGGAGCGGUCCUAAAGAGAUGUCAAAGACUACUGCUGCUGUCUCCCAAGUCAAAGCCGCAGCUACGGCUCCUUCUCAUGCCGCUGGAGCUGUUGCGGUUGCGGCCGCCGGCAUCGCAGCGUCCAUUGCUGUGAUUAAACCUAAAGAGUCACCCAAAGGCGCAGCCCAGAGCACCACUGCCACCACAACAGUGAAAGCUGAUGUGCAUAAAGUUGAUCCUGCUAAAACGUUCAAGCCAGUCGCCAGUGCUGUGGCUGGAAAUGUGCAGGCGACGAAGGGAGCUAAACCGACACAAACAAAGGUGCAGGUGGAGGUUCCUCCCGCAGCAGCUACUGGAGCCAAAGAGGUGGAUCCAUUUGAUGCCCUGGCCAGCAUACUGCCAUCAGUUGAUCCUGUCGCACCCAUACAGCCUGUAUACACCGGGCCAGAGGUCAUAGAGCCUGGCAUCACCUUUGAGAGGCCUCCGAAGUGUGGAGGACGUGACAGCACGCUGCCUCCAGGCUACAGAUUUGAAGAUAUGCCUCCUGCUCCUGCAGAUUACAAACCCAAGGACGUUCCUAAACCACUGAGCACGGACGAGGCCCUGGAUUCACUGUCGUUUGGAUUCACAAGUUCGACUGUUCCAGCUGCACCCAAGAAGCAAGAGAAAAAGGACUCUGUUGAGUGCGUCAGUGUCUCAUCUGCUGACCUUUGCAACUUUGCACCACUUCCUGUAAUGAAAGCACCUCCUCUUGUGGCUGUGCGUCUCGCUCCUCCUGUUGAUAAAAAAGCCAAGAUGGAGAAAGUGGACGCCAAGCCCAAGACUGAUGGGGGUGACUCUAUGUCUCUGGACGCUCUCAGCGCUCUUGUUGACGCUUUGCCAAAGGACGUACCAAAACCUGAACUUCCCAAACUCAGACCUGAGGACAUCGUCUCGGAGGACAAACACAAGAAGGAGAAGGGUGUGCUUGUAGGAGAGAGGGAGGACUCAAUUGCUCCAGAAUACAGGUUUGAUGAGGAAGAACUCAAAAAACUGCCUGCUCCUAAACCUCAGCCCACCAUUGGUACUGGUGAGGCUCUGGACUUUUUGUCUGGAGGCUUCACGUCCUCCUCAUCAGCUCCUGCUGUAAAGGCUCUUCCUGCAAAGAAAACACCUGCAGUUCCUCCUGUGGCUGUGUGUCCUCCUGCUGACAAAAAACCCAAGAUGGAGAAAGUGUCGGAUGAUUUCUCUCUGGAGGCUGGACUUACUUCUUCUACUGCCACGAACGUUAAGUCCUCUAUGGCUGUCUGUCCUCCUGCUGAUAAGAAAACGCCUGCUGGAAAGGACGCCACUGACGGCAAGCUCAAGACUGGUCAGGCUGAUCCUCUGGACGCUUUCAGCGCUCUCAGUGACACUUUGCCAAAAGACGCACCAAAACCUGAACUCCCCAAACUCAGACCUGAGGACAUCGUCUCGGAGGACGAACACAAGAAGGAGAAGGGUGUGUUUGUAGGAGAGAGGGAAAGCUCAAUUAAUCCAAAAUACAGGUUUAAUGAGGAAGAACUCAAAAAACUGCCUGCUCCUAAACCUGAGCCCACCAUUGAUACUGGUGAGGCUCUGGACUUUUUGUCUGAAGGCUUCUCGUCCUCCUCAUCAGCUCCUGCUGUCCAGGCUCUUCCUGCAAAGAAAACACCUGCAGUUCCUCUGGAGGCUGGACUUACUUCUUCUACUGCCACGAACGUUAAAUCCUCUAUGGCUGUGUGUCCUCCUGCUCGUCCCGCUGGUAAGAAAACUACUGCUGGAAAGGACGCCACUGACGGCAAGCUCAAGACCGGUCAGGAUGACCCCAUGUCUCUGGAUGCUCUCGGCGCUCUCGGUGGCCUGUUGCCAAAAGACGCACCAAAACCUGAACUCCCCGAACUCAGACCUGAGGACAUUGUCUCGGAGGACGAACACAAGAAGGAGAAGGGUGUGCUUGUAGGAGAGAGGGAAAGCUCAAUUAAUCCAAAAUACAGGUUUAAUGAGGAAGAACUCAAAAAACUGCCUGCUCCUAAACCUGAGCCCACCGUUGAUACUGGUGAGGCUCUGGACUUUUUGUCUGAAGGCUUCUCGUCCUCCUCAUCAGCUCCUGCUCUCCAGGCUCCCAUCAGCAGCUGCAUUCCUCCUGCACAGACAAAAGUAGAGGAUUUGUCAGCUCUGGAUCUACUUUCUUCAGAUUUUGUGACUCCAGCUAAAUCUGCCCCUCCUCCUACCAAGAUGACACCAGAGCAGCCUAGCUCAGUUAAGGUCAGCGCUGGAAAACCACAACAAGCAAAACCCACGACUGACAAGGGAACUGUUGACUCUAUGUCUCUGGAUGCUCUCAGUGCUCUUUGUGACACGUUGCCAGAAGACGUACCAAAAGCUGAACUCCCCGAACUCAGACCUGAGGACAUCGUAACGGAGGACAAACACACGAAGAAGAAGGGUGUGCUUGUAGGAGAGAGGGAUGACUCAAUUCCUCCAGAAUACAGGUUUAAAGAGGAAGAACUCAAAAAACUGCCUGCUCCUAAACCUGAGCCCACCGUUGGUACUGGUGAGGCUCUGGACUUUUUAUCUGAAGGCUUUACAUGCUCCUCAUCAGCUCCUGCUGUCCAGGCUCCCGUCAUCACCCCCUCAGCUCCUCCUGCACAGCCAUCUGCAGACCUUUCUCUGGAUCCCUUGGCAGCAGACUUUGUUGCCUGCUCCGCCGCUCCGACAGUGAAGUCCUCUGCUUGUCCUCCCACACAAGCAGCCCCAGAGCUGUCCGGGGGAGCAGACAGCGCCCUGGAUGCUCUGUCAGACACCUUGGCGGAUAUCGCACCCGCCCCUCAGCCCGCUCCACCUCCUGCCAAAGACAUUGUCAAUGAGAAAAAGGCCGUUGAAGAGAGGCUGAUUAAGAUGGGGGAGAGAGACGACUCGCUGCCACCAGAGUAUCGACCCACUGAGGAAGAUCUUAAGAAAAUGGCAGAAGAAAAGGCAAAAGCAGCUGCAGCACCCAAGAAGAAGACGAUGGAUGAUAAAACAGCCUUGGACCUGCUGUCCAGUGACUUCACUGCUACUGCCAAACCCACCGCAGCCGCCGCAUCAUGUGCUGCCACAACAAAGCUGGAACCUCCCGUGCUGGACUCAGAGCCCCUGAAGCCAAUGUCUGGUCCUGUCCUGGACUCCCUGUCUAGCACCCUGCUCCCAGACGCCCCCGAGUUCAAAUCCAAGACGGACAAACCAAAGGGCAAGAGCAAGUCAAAGUCAAGGUCUAAAAAACACCAUGCAGAGGAGCCGCCUGCCACCGACCAGCUAUCAGCUCAGUUUAGCUCAGACGUCGUGCCAAAAUCUACAAAGAAGGGAGGCAAGAGCUAGACCACUCGGUUGUCCUCCCGGCCACAGGGACGCAUCAGCGAAGGGAACUGCUCUCUGGAUAAUGAUUCUAUUUUUCUAAAUCGUCAAGAAUGUAUACUGGAUGAAAGACAAACCUAGACAUACCCAUAACACACACACACACACACACACACACUCGCACUCACACUCACACUCACACUCACACUCUCUCUCACACACACACACACACACACACACACUCUCUCACACUCACACUCUCUCACACACACCUCUGCAUGCGGCGCCUUUUUCGCUCGGUUUCACGUGUUAUUUAAGGAUGUUUUUGUUUCAGUCUUUGGAGAGAAUGAAAAGACUUUCUAAAACAAGAUGGAGAAUGAAAGAAUGAGUGAAAGGAGGGGAACUGUGUGGAAAGAGAGGAGGUGGUUAAGUCAAGUGAAAAUCUUUAGUUUUGUUGGUUGGCGUGUUGAGCGUGCCGAGGGAAGGAAGGCGCCGCCCGUCAGAGUCCUGCAUGUACAUCUCAGCUGACAGUUUUUCCCAGUGACGCACUAAUAUCACAACAAACCUGGCGAUGUUGUGACGUUGGUGGGAGCGGUGGCGACCGUCAGCUUGCGUUGGGAGCAGCACGGAGCGGGUGUAUAGUAUCGGGAUGUUUGUGCAAUCUUGAUGUACACAGAAAAAGCCAAGUUUUCUAUCCUGAUGUGGUCAGACGCCAUUUAAAGACACUAGUGUACAGCUUAGUUUGCUUAUAUUUUGAACGACAUAGUUUACAUAGUUAAAUAAUGUGGAGGAUUUCCAAGAGGUGUUCUGCUUUAUUCUGUAUCCGAGAGCUUCUUGCAAAUGCCUUUUACUUUCUGGAGAGAAAAUAUCUGACAAAAGAGGGUCUUUUGUAUGUAUAUGGCCUUGUAAAAAAAAAAAAAAAAUGCUGGUGUCCAGAAGUGCACUUAACUGAGGUGGUGACAAGCUUUGUUAACUGCCUUUGUUUGUAUACUGUAAAAAAAAAAAAAAUGCUCUAUAUAACACAACACUGUAUAAUUUACAAAGGGCUUUCAGCUGUAAAGUCAAAAAUCAAUAUACUGUCCCAGAGUUAGGGUUUGUGUGGGUGUGAGUCAAAAGAUAUGAAAGGUAUUUUAGAUGUGGGAAUACUAAUUAAAUAAAAUAAAAUCUAAAAUUUUGAAUGGUGUAGUUGCUAUGUGUUUGGUUUCUACGAUUUGUGCCUAAAAUGAGAAAUAAAAACUAACCAAACUGCCUUAAUAUGUGGGGGGAAAAGAUAGAAAAUACAGCAGGAAAUGAGUAAACACUGUUUUCUUAAAGGUGUAAGGGAAGUGUGUGUGUGUAUUAAAGUGAACGGGAACAGAUUCUCCUCUGAAAUUAUCUUUUUUUCUCUCCUCCGACUUGGUGGUUUUUCACUCUGCAAAUCGUUGUAGCAGCCCACUUCCUUUUGACUCAAGGGGGCUCAACAAAAACAUCUUUCGCUCAAACUUCAUGUUAAAACUUUAUAUUUCUGUGCCAACACCCUGAAUGACUGAUGGGGAUGCAAAUGAGUGGGUUUGAUGUGCGAAAAAAAAAGAAACAUGAAUAAAGAUAAAUACAA